GCCUGUGUUAAAAAGGUGAACAUGGCAUCAUCAUACCUUGGCCCGGAGUCUCCAAGACCUCUAGCAGUGGUUUCUGAAGGUUACCAAACACGUUUCCGAAUCCCUCACUACGAUGAGAAAUACUAUUUUGGGAGAAUUUACGAAGAGAAAAUGUUCGACCUUAUUGACAAGUAUCUGGAGCUUGGUACCACCGAUCGGUUCUGUUAUAUAGGCGAUAUAAAGGGCAGUCUGGUGGAGCGGAUAGCAGAUAAAUUCUGUCUCCUGGAGCCCGUUAUGUCUGUGAUACCCGGCCAUUUCAGUUACGUGGAAACUGACACCGAGAAACUUUUAUCGGUGCGUGUUGCUCACACGGGAGCAGAAGAGUAUUUCAAACAGCUAGCAACAAGUAAAGAAAAAGUGAAAACUGUUUUUGAUAAAAUUAUCAUCAAAGAUGGUAUUCGUUAUCUUCAAAACCCAAAGGAAUGUUAUGAACAUGUGAUGCAGUGCGUUGAUAAAAAUGGUAAACUUCUUAUUAUUCAUAGACCUGGGAAUUUGAACACUCUUCCAAUUUUCCAAGAUGCAAGACAAAGAUUGGAAGAGGUAGAAACACCUUAUAUGGACAUCAUUAAAGACCUCCAGGAUUGCAAAUUCGAUGUACAGUGGGAGGUUGAGUGCCUUCCAAUUCUUUUGCCAAAAAGAAAAUGGUUUUCCAUGUUGCAAGAAAAGUUCCCACCACAAAUGGAAAUACUUAGCGAUUCUGAAAUCAUAUCCGGAUGUCGUGAACUGACGGAGGGGGUACUUAAAUACGAGAGUGAAGUCGUGGAAUUUCAGGACAGACUGUUAUUUAUCACAGUAUCGCAUUCGGCAUUGGAAGAUGGAUUUCCAAAGAUUCGAAGACAUGGCAAAAAUGAUACUGGAACAUUCCCCAACCUUAAAGAUCUUAAAUUUAACAUGUCUGUAACGCCCGAGAUCAGAAAGCUUCUUAAGCCACCGAAAAAGACAGAAGAAAAAGGAAAAUUUCCAUGGCAAUAACAACCAAUAAACUUAAAUUGUACACUACUAAAUGAUGCACUGACAGAGCAAGUUUAAACCAGCGAUUCAGUUGCAGUAAAGAUGGGAUGUAGCUAUAUGUAUUCUGAUUGAACUUUACAGUCGAUCGUGCAAUUGCUUAGGUUUUCUGUUUUCUCUUGCCGUCUACGUCAGAGGCAAGAUAAACGAUGGUAAUUUGUAAACGUCAUUAAGAAUUACAAACAUUGUGCAAAUAUUUAGAGUUAUGAAUAGUGUUUGUUAGUAAGAUCGAUAAUUUAAA